AUGUCGGGUGAUACCGAUAAAGCGAAAAUCAGUGACAAUCAGGAUGAAGACAAGAAGUCUGGAACAGGUGACGGCCAGACUACAGAAGACGAGUCCUCCCAGGACUCGAAGGGUGAGUCGCAGGUGUCUCAGAACCCUGCCCAAGCCCCAGGUAACGCCGAUGUAGAUCAACCAGACACCACCAAAGAGGAGAAUAAGUCUAUAGAAGGCGAUUCAAAAUCAACGACGGCCAACGGAAAGGACGAUGACGGCGCAGGGGACGACUCAAAAGAUGACAAGGACGUAAAGUCAGAAGCGGAUUCUAAAAAGGAAGAAAAUGGCGAGACCCAUGAUGAAGAUGAGAAGGAUGACGUGAAGGCGAACGACAAAGGUGCGAAGAAGGCCGCACCUAAAAAGAAACCUAAGAAGGAGGAUACUGAAGAAGAAGAUGAAGAGGAAGAGGAGGAGGAGGAAGAAGAAGAGGAGGAGGAGGGAGAUGAGGGUGACGAGGAAGAAACAAAGAAACCUGCUAAAGAGAAGGCAAAGAAACCUGCAAAGAAAGCUAAAGAUGAUGACGAAGGUGAAGAUGAGGAGGAAGGAGAAGAGGAGGAGGAGGAGGAAGAAGAGGAAGAGGAGGAGGAAGCUCCUAAACCUAAGCCCAAGAAAGAGCCAACAGAGCCGCCCGUCCCAGUGCCAGCCGGUAAAGGCAUCCCACUGGGCCACAUUAGCAACGUGGAAGUAUCACUGUCGCGGUUCAAGACGCAAGAUCAAAAACUUUUGCAUCAAUAUCUAUAUGGGCAACUAUGCUUGGACCGUAAUGUGAAGCGCAACAUCAAGAAGUUCAGAGGUUACGAGUGGGCCAUCGGUUCAUCAGACUACAAAGCCAAGCUGGAAGAAACCACCAAGAUGGAGCCUAAAGCAUUGCGGACUAUGUGCGAGAUGCUUGAUCUUGACAAGAAAGGGUCUGCGUCGGAGCUAUCAUCGCGCCUAGUAGGGUUCCUGCAGCAACCAGGUCCGAACUCGCCACACGCGCGUGGCGUGGCCCGCGCUCCGCCUGCCGUGCCGCCCGCCACGCCCGGCGGACGACCACGACGAUCCACUGCCGUCAAGGUCACCAACAGAGGCUACUCUGAUGAAGAGUAUGAUACAGAUCAAGAAACAAAAGUCAAAGGACCAAAACCACCAAAAGAUGGCUCGGAAGAUUCAGAUGGUUCGUUCAACCCGAGUGGGUCUGAGGAGGCGGACUCAGACUUCGACCCCGAGGCGGGCGAGAGCGCGGCCGGCGCCGGACGGAAACGUAAACCGUCUGGACGACGCCGGUCUUCAGGCAAGGCCACUGGCAAGCGAGGACGCAAGCCUAAAGGGAAGAAGGGACGGCCAAGUAAAGGAGGUCGCGGACGGCGGGCGAAGUCAGAUAGUGAAGAAGAAAGUGAAAAGUCAGAGAGUGAGAGUGAGAACGAGUCAGGAAGCGAGGGAGAAGAGUCUGAUGAGCCUAAGUCUAAGCGCGGUCGGCCGGCGGCAGUGGCGAAGGGUCGUAAAGGCGCCGUAGCUAAGAAUGCGUCCGCUAAGGCGACGCCAGUCAAACGGAAAGCACCCACUCCACCCGCUAAAAAGAAGGCACAAGCCGGUAAAGGCGCUGGUCGGCCAGCCAAGAAGGGCAAGAAGGCGUCUUCAGAUGAGGAGUCCGGCGAGGGCAGUGAGGAAGAGGAGGAGGAUGAGGCCAGCGAGGAGGAGGAGGACUCCGGGGAUGAGUCUGAUACACCUGCUGAUAAGAAGGCCAAGCGGCCGCCCACGGACGAGGAGAUCAAGAAGUACGUGAAACAGAUCCUGGAGGGCGCGAACUUGGAGCAGAUCACGAUGAAGACAGUGUGCAAGCAGGUCUACAGCCACUACCCAGACUUCGACCUCGCGCACAAGAAGGACUUCAUCAAGGCUACAGUCAAGUCGCUCAUAUCAUCGUGA